GUGCAAGUCACGUGUCCUUAUUAGUACAAAAUGGCGUCUGACAACGAGAACAUACAUGUAGAUGUGGAGGCCUUUUCCGAGCCAAAUCAGCAAAUGAGUGUAGGGAGGAACAUACUGGAAGAGCUCAAGGCCGAGAAGAAUGCCUUAGACCCCUCCUUUUGUCACUGUAUCCGUUUACUUGAAGCAGAAAUAAAUCGCUUAGCCGACAGAAAUGAUCCAGACAAGUCACUAAAAGAGAAGAUCUACAUCCCGAUUGAAGACCAAAAGAACUAUAACCUAGUUGGGCGCCUUUUGGGGCCCAAGGGUCUCACGCUUAAAAGAAUCCAAGCCGAGACCGAUACUAAAAUCAGCAUAUUGGGUCGGGGAUCAAUCAAGGAUAAAUCAAAGGAGGAGGAGUAUCGUAAUUCUGGCAAAGAAAUGUACGCCCACUUGACAGACGAGCUUCACGUCCUUAUUGAGUCCAUCCCUCCCAAUGCUGUUCAAAAACUCGCAGCUGGGAUUGCUGAAGUUAGGAAAAUGCUCAUACCACCAGAGCCAGGUCAACCUGAUUUCCCGCCGUCGAAGUACGAUAUGUCUUCUUCUCCUUACGGUAUCUCCAGAGGGGGUCCUGGGUACAGGUGGGAGAGUAUGUUCCGGCCUCCACCUCCUCAUCGGUUUGGUGGGCGUGGCAGACCAAGAGGAAUGAGAGGGAGACCAAUGAAGGACGAGAGAAGAGCUUCAGGCGGUCCCUCUCAUCCUCCUCCAGCUGGUGAAGGGGCUCCAAGUUGGAGAGAUGAAACUCCUUCUAAUGACCAGUGGAGAGAUGGUACAAUAUCUACUGAUUAUAAUCACGGUGUGAUGUCUGGCACUGGAUCAGCUCCACCUGGCCCUGGUGGUGGAUAUUCAAAUGACGUCAAACCAUUUUCUGCUCCUCCUCCUCAAGCUGCUAAUCACGAAGGGUUCUUCUCUGAUUUUGCUGACACAUCAGAUUCAAGAAAUGGCCACGAGUGGAAAGCUGGCUAUCCUUCAGCUUCAACUCGUCGCGACUAUCGCUACCAUCCAUAUGAUAAUGCCCAGGCUCCUCCCACUGAGGGCGGGUUUUACUAAUUAACGAAUUUGAAAAAGUUAACCAAAAAAGACUUGAUGAUUUGUGUAACUUUCUAUUCGUUAAAAAUCAAAAAAGUAAACUGCUACGAAUUAGUUAUUUGGUGUUCUGUUUUUCCAGUUAAUCAAUAAAACUAUGUAACAUA